ACAUCCGUCUUUUUAGUCCCGUGACACGGCUGUAAUUGUUAGCAGUCAGCAAGAAACGCCGCGGUGUGGUAAAUGAUAUGUUAUUUGUUCUAUGAGCAGUCACUUUCGCCAUUAAUAUAACGUCUGCUGAAGCACGAUGUUAUCUCGUCUAUUGAAGGAGCACCAGGCGAAGCAAAAUGAGCGGAAGGAGCUGCAGGAGAAACGCAGACGUGAAGCAAUUGCUGCAGCCACUUGUUUGACAGAAGCCCUGGUAGACCACCUCAACGUUGGAGUUGCACAGGCAUAUGUAAACCAGCGAAAGCUUGACCAUGAGGUUAAGACUCUCCAAGUGCAGGCAAGCCAGUUCUCCAAACAAACUGCUCAGUGGAUCAGUAUGGUGGAGGGUUUCAAUCAAGCAUUAAAGGAAAUUGGAGAUGUAGAAAACUGGGCACGCAGUAUUGAGAUGGACAUGAGGACAAUAGCAACAGCGCUGGAGUAUGUACACAAGGGUCAGCUUCAGUCUGCUUGCUCAUAAACCAUGAACAUGUACGUGCUGGACAUUUGCAAGUGAAACUGAAUACACUGGAAUAACAUUUAAAUCUACUUGAGUUGACCCCUAUCAGCGAAUAUGUGUUUUGCCUUUGUCAGCAGUUUAUUUGCUUGUCUGCACUCCCCUCUAAGUUUGCCAGGGCAGCUCAGAUGAACAUCAGAAUUCUGCUGCUUUAACAAUUAAAUGCACAUGUGC